CCCUCUCCGCAACAGUCUUGACGUCUUUCCCCCUCUUCCCGUCAUCGGCUUCAGAAAGGGAAACACACGCAGACACACACUCAUACGCUCAUACCCACACGCGCAGCAAGGAUGCGUACGACAACACUGAUAUUACACGCCCUGUCGCUCGUCGCCUCCGCCGAUGCGGGCCCUCUGAGGAACCAAUCAUGGCGACGGGCACAGGCACUCAGGAUACCAAGACAAGCAGAAUCCGGCUCCGAACGCGUGGCGAGUAAUUCAACAGAGAGCGCUUCUCCGUCGCUGCCGGCAACAAUAACGACUACUACCGACGCCGAGUGCUCCGACAUUCCUACCUUGUCAGCCACGUCAUCGCUGUCGUCGUUGUUGACAUCCAUUGUAUUCUCAGAAAGCUCCACCUUUGUCACUCCGAUGAUAACGGUGAAUCCAACUUCUUCCAGCUCAGAGCGUCCACUCUCAGGCGGCCUCGGGUCUUCAACGUCCAGUGGGACACUGCUCCACAGCGCUGUCGAACUUUCCCUCACGAGCACGACGACCGGGAGGCCUGUGGUGACCUCCUUCAGACAGGAUCCAGAUGCAUCGUCCACUUUGUCGUCGCUUACAGCGCCCGAGAGCUCUGAUUUGUUGUCAAGUAUCAGCGCUACCACUGGCACGCUCAUCUUGGGUACCGGGUCCGGCCAGGUUUCAUCGACUUCUGGCUUCUUCUUGAACUCAACGGCCACGGCGACUACCUUGGGCUCCGCCACGAUCACAGGGCUUCCCAGUUCUGCCGCUCUCUCUUCCAGCUCCUCCUCUACGGCCCCCGUCGUCACAGGGUCGCCCAACCCGGACAUCCCGACAGUAUUAGAGCCACCGCCGCCAGCGACUACCACUGUGUCGCCGGACGUGUACCAGCGCAAUAUCGAGGAGGCGCGUGGCUACAACAAAAUCUUUGCAACCCUGACGGAACAAACCGCCUGCAGUCAAGGUCAAGUCGCAUGUAUCGCCGGGGGGGUCGCCACCUGCGCCGAAGGUGGUACCUGGGAUAUUGCCCCCUGCCCGGAGUUGGGCACUGCCUGUCUUGCGAUGCCCAUGAACACAACCGAUGGCGCGGUUCUGGGCUGCACCGACGUUACCCUGGCCAAACAAGUUCUCGAAUCGAUUCCGGAUGCGCUGCUGCCGGGCUCGUCCUCCACCGUGUCGGCAACGGCCUCGACUACACUCUCAACCUCAACCGGUUCGUCAGCCGAUGCGUUGCCCACAGCUAGCUCGACCGGCCGUAGAACCCGCACAUCCAUCGUUACCGUCACCAGCGGCAUCGAGACCGUAACGGUGACUGUCGACCCCAGCACCACCGCCGAGUCGUCAGUGCCCAGUACCCUCUCCCUCUCUCAGUCGCCAUCCUCGGAGACCAGUACCACGUCCAGUUCCGACACAGCGGUCAUCCAACCCAUCACCCGCACCGCAGUCAUAGUAGUCGGUACCGAAACGGCAACCAUUACCUUCACGAUCGAUCCGAACAUCCACCCAACAGCAUUGCCACCUUCUCCCGACGAAUCGACCACCUCCCAGGGACCACCCUUUCACAAGAGUCCCCCCGGAAGCAACUUCACUGUUCCCUCUAUUGUCUUCACCACCGUGCCCCAUUCGACAACCACCAGCAGCACUACGACAUCGUUGUCAUCGUCGACGUCGACCCGCGAGUCGCUCGUUGUCAUCCCCAUUGAGAGUACGACCGCCACAACCACGACAAGUGCCACGUCGGUCGAAACGCCCACGGAAACUCCCACAGAGACAGAGAUGGAGCCUCCGGUGUCUACAACAACAACAACAAUGACCUCGACGCCCGGCUCGGCGAACGGCGCAGUCGAUGGUCCCGUCUCAGUGACAGUCACACAGCUCGUGACAGUGACGGAAAAGGAGAGGGUGACUACCACCGAUACUGCUACUGUUACUACGACGGUGAGGCUGGGGAGCGUGGUGGUUGUAGAUUCAAUUAUGACUAGAUAAGCCAUUGUGCGCUUGUUUUACGCUGAUGAUCUGCAAAGGCCUGGGCUCUUUUAACUGCAUUGCCCAGACAUAAGAAUGGGGGAAUCGAGUAUGGUAGGUAAUUCAUGUCCACGACUGCCCAUACACUCUCAGCUAUUCUGUGGUUCGGAUUUUUAUUAUUCAACUCGUCGUUAUGUCUCCUUUCUGGCAGCGUCUGAAUUAUGUGGCACUUGAGUCGCUGGGCGGCGAGAAUAUUUAAUUGUUUUGCGAAGUCUUAGCUGUACGGAUUACUCCUUGCAUUUAUAGAAUCAAUAAGCUGAAGUUGAUAGCAACCCAC